GCCCGCAACACGGAAGUACGUGGGAAACGUCUGCUGGUCUUCUGCGGUUAAAAUAAGUGUCUUGAGAUGAGACCAACGGUGGUUUUUACGUGUUCAGUCCUAUUUUACAAUUUGGAGAUUGUACAUUCCCGAGGUGACGAUGGAAAGCAAGAAUGGCCGAUUCCUUACAGGCGAUUUGAUUGUCGUCCCGCUGCGGACUCGUACUGUGAAGCCAUGUUCCCCUUCUGUCCCACUGGCGACAGGGAUGGCCGGAUCCCCUACAUGAAUAACUGGGAUGUCAUCUCAGUAUUUCGACUGCAAGCUCCAGUGUGGGAGUUUAAAUAUGGAUCAUUGCUGGGGAAAAUGCAUAUCAUGCAUGAUGCCAUUGGGUUCAGCAGUGCUGAAACGGGGAGAAACUACACCAUGGAGUGGUAUGAACUCUUCCAGCUGGGCAACUGCACAUUCCCUCACCUGAGACGUGAGACUAACAACCCCUUCUGGUGCAACCAGGGAGCUGCAUGCUUCUUUGAGGGGAUUGAUGACAUCCACUGGUCUGAGAAUGGUACCUUGGAGAAAGUGGGAGAGAUCUCAGGUGGCCAGUUCAACGAGAUGGCCUUGUGGGUCCAGGAGGACAACCAGACUGGGAUUUAUUAUGAGACAUGGACGGUCCGCUCAGACCCCGGCCCCAACGCCACCGUGUGGUUUGACUCCUACGACUGCUCUCAGUUCGUCCAUCGCACCUACAGGUAUCUUACGCAACAGCGGGCCAAGCUGUCCAGCCGAUUCCAGACCAACUACACGAAGAUCUACCUGUACAGUGGGGAGCCGACCUACUUGGGGGAUGAUGAUUCUAUCUUCAGGGAGCCUUCUGCGAAGACCCUGGCUGAAGACAUCCGCAAGUUCUAUCACCCUUUCCGACCACACCAGUCGUACAUGGACUUUGUCCUCAGUCUCGCGGAGGCUUAUCAGAAGGUGGUAGAGGAGAAGAGCUUCUACUUGUACUAUAACUUUGAAUAUUGGCACUUACCCAUGAAAUCUCCAUAUGUGCAGAUCACAUAUGAGGAAGUGCCUUUGCCGUAAAGUCACAAUUUGUAAUUGGUUUUUCAGCCAAACGGCAGCCGAGCCGCCACUUUGCAUUAAAGCUGAGGAAUGGGGCUGAAAAAAAAUGUUACCACUCAGUCAGAUGGAGCUAUGGAUCGAAGGACUAUCGUUAAUUGAACUUGCCAUUCAUUGAACUGCCAUAUUAAACUUUGUCACAUGUGCCAAAUAGAUCAACUGUAGACCUUACAAUGAAAUGCUUACUUACAAGCCCUUAACAAACAGUGCAGUUCAAGAAAGAGUUAAGAAAAUAUUCACCAAAUAAACUAAAGUAAAACAAAAUAACGACGAGGCUAUAUACCGGGGCUACUGGUACUGAGUCAAUGUGUGGGGUUACAGGUUAGUUAAGGUAAUUUGUACAUUGAGGUAGGGGUGAAGUGACUAUGCAUAGAUGAUCAACCGUGAGUAGCAGCAGUGUACAAAACAAAUGGAGUCGGGGUCAAUGUAAAUAGUCUGGGUGGUCAUUUGAUUAUUUGUUCAGCAGUCUUAUAGCUUGGGGGAAGAAGCUGUUAAGGAGUCUUUUGGUCCUAGACUUGGUGCUCCGGUACCUCUUGCCGUGAGGUAGCAGAGAAAAGUCUAUGACGUGGGUGACUGGAGUCUGACAACUUCUGGAGCUUUCCUCUGACAGCGCCUAGUAUAUAGGUCCUGUACUGGGCUGUAUGCACUAUCCUCUGUAGCUCCUUGUAGCGCCUUACGGUCAGAUGCCGAGCAGUUGCAUCACCGCCUGAUAUGGCAAUCGGUCAGGAUGCUCUUUAGCUCGAUGCGGAUGUUGCCUGUAAUCCAUGGCUUCUGUUUGGGAUGUGGACGUACGGUCACUGGAGACAACGUCGUCAAUGCAAUUAUUGAUGAAGCGGUUGACUGAGGUGGUAUACUCCUCAAUGCCAUUGGAUGAAUCCCGGAACAUAUUCCAGUUUGUGCUACAAAACAGUCCAGUAGCAUCCGCGUCAUCUGACCACUUCCGUAUUGAGAGAGUCACUGGUACGUCCUACUUCAGUUUUUGCUUGUAAGCAGGAAUCCAGAACUAUUCCAUAUUGCGUCUUUUUAGGUAGAGACAGCGAUGCACGAAGUAAACCGCAACAAGUAAGAAUGUAAAUGUUUUGGCCCUGCGACUAUCUAUAAGGGGCAGUGUAAAGUGCACAUGCGCAAAUAUUUUUUGAGUGCAUUUUCUUGCGUUGCGCUCAUCUGCAAUUCAUCCUGCUGCUCGUGGCAAUGUCAUGUUGUUGAGCCUCUUAACUUUCCAUUUGACUGGAAUGUAGUGCAAUUUAUCAGUAUGGGAGUGUUUGUUGAAAAUGCGCUGAGAAAGGCCAUUGCAAGAAGGGUUUUGGGUAGUAGACAGGAUAAUAGUGUUGCUAUGCACAGUCCUGAGAUUCUCAUCAGGACUGUGUAUAGCAACACUAUCUUGUCAACUAUGCAAAACUUUGCGGUCUAGAUUCAAUCUUUUCAAGCAUGCAUCUGCUAUUCGUGGAUUAACAACAGUGAAUAACUGCGUUGGUGCUGUCAAACCCCUGAGUGGCUGCUCUUCUCAUCAUUGUCACAAACCCACACUGGUGGGUUUAAACCCACCAGCGUUAAAUUAGAAUGAGAAAUUGUAGACUAUAGAAAUAAAGACAUUAACAAAAAAGGAUUGACAUCAGCUUAAUCGAGGUGUAGAAUAAAAACAGUGUUCGAACUUGUAAGCUGCACUGUAAAUCUACACGCAAUAGUGCAUAAUGACAAAGCAAAAAAAACUUUUGUCUUUUAAGAUACAUUUACAUAAGUAUUCAGAUCCUUUAAUCAGCACUUAGUUGAAGCACCUUUUGCAGCGAUUACAGCCUCGUCGUCGUGGGUAUCACAGUACAAGCUUGGCACAACUGUAUUUGGGAAGUUUCUCCCAUUCCUUUAAGAAUGAUGGAGGCCACAGUGUCCUUGGUCUUUCAAUGCUGCAGAAAUGUUUUGAACCCUUCCCCAGAUCUGUGCAUCGACACAAUCCUGUCACGGAGCUCUACGGACAAUUCCUUUGACCUCAUGGCUUGGUUUUUGCUGUGACAAGCAUUGCCAACUGUGGGACCUUUUUUUAGAUAGACAGGUGUGUUCCCUUACAAAUCAUGUCCAGGCAAUUGAAUUUACUACAGGUGGACUCCAAUCAAGCUGCAGAAACAUCUCAAGGAUGAUCAAUGGAAACCGGAUGCACCUGAGCUCAAUUUCGAGUCUCCUAGCAAAGGGUCUGAAUACUUAAAUGAAUAAGGUAUUUGUUUUUUUAUGUUUUUAUUUGUUUUUAUCUAUAAUUCAUUUCUAAAAACCUGUUUUCGCUUUGUCAUUAUGGGGUAUUGUGUUUAGAUUGGGGGAAAAACAAGUGUUUAAUCAAUUUUAGAAUAAGGCUGUAACGUAACAAAAUGUGGAAAGUCAAAGGGUCUGAAUACUUACAGUUGAAGUCGAAGUUUACAUACACUUAGGUUGGAGUCAUUAACUUGUUUUUCAAUCACUCCACAAAUAUCUUGUUAAACUAUAGUUUUGGGAAGUCCGUUAGGACAUCUAUUUUGUGCAUGACACAAGUCAUGUUUCUAACAAUUGUUUACAGACAUUAUUACACUGUAUCACAAUUCCAGUGGGUCAGAAGUUUACAUACACUAAGUUCACUGUGCCUUUAAAAGCUUGGAACAUUCCAGAAAAUUAUGUCAUGGCUUUAGAAGCUACUGAUAGGCUAAUUGUCAUCAUUUGAGUCAAUUGGAGGUGUACCUGUGGAUGUAUUUCAAGGCCUACAUUCAAACUCCGUGCCUCUUUGCUUGCCAUCAUGGGGAAAUCCUCAGAAAAUAAAUUGUAGACCUACACAAGUCUGGUUCAUCCUUGGGAGCAAUUUCCAAACGCCUGAAGGUACCAUGUUCAUCUGUACAAACAAUAGUACGCAAGUACAAAUACCAUGAGACCAUGCAGCCAUCAUACCGCUCAGGAAGGAGAUGUGUUCUGUCUCCUAGAGAAGAACAUACUUUGGUGCGAAAAGUGCAAAUCAAUCCCAGAACAGCAGCAAAGGACCUUGUGAAGAUGCUGGAGGAAACGGGUACAAAAUUAUCUACAGUGGGGCAAAAAAGUAUUUAGUCAGCCACCAAUUGUGCAUGUUCUCCCACUUAAAAAGAUGAGAGAGGCCAGACAGACAAAAUGAGAAAAAAAAUCUAGAAAAUCACAUUGUAUGAUUUUUAAUGAAUUUAUUUGUAAAUUAUGGUGGAAAAUAAGUAUUUGCCCCACUAUAUAUCCACAAUAAAACGAGUCCUAUAUCGACAACCUGAAAGGCCGGUCAGCAAGGAAGAAGCCACUGUUCCAAAACCGGCAUAAAAAAGAGACUACGGUAGGUAGGUUUGCAACUAAACAUGGAGACAAAUAUCGUACUUUUUGGAUAAAUGUCCUCUGGUCUGAUGAAACAAAAAUAGAACUGUUUGGCCAUAAUGACCAUCGUUAUGUUUGGAGGGAAAAGGGGGAGGCUUGCAAGCAGAAGAACACCAUCCCAACCGUGAAGCACGGGGGUGGCAGCAUCAUGUUGAGGGGGUGCUUUGCUGCAGGAGGGACUGGUGCACUUCACAAAAUAGAUGGCAUCAUGAGGGUGGAAAAUUAUGUGGAUAUAUUGAAGCAACAUCUCAAGACAUUAGUCUGGAAGUUAAAGCUUGGUCGUAAAUGGGUCUUCCAAAUGGACAAUGACCCCAAGCAAGUUGUGGCAAAAUGGCUUAAGGACAACAAAGUCGAGGCAUUGGUGUGGCCAUCACAAAGCCCUGACCUCAAUCCCAUAGAAAAUGUGUGGGCAGAACUGAAAAGGUGUGUGCGAGCAAGGAGGCCUACAAACCUGACUUAGUUAAACCAGCUCUGUCAGGAGGAAUGGGCCAACAUUUACCCAAUUGCUUGUGGAAGCCUACCUGAAACAUUUGACCCAAGUUAAACAAUUUAAAGGCAAUGGUACCAAAUACUAAUUGAGUGCAUGUAAACUUCUGACCCACUGGGAAUGUGAUGAAAGAAAUAAAAGCUGAAAUAAAUAAUUCUUGCUACUAUUAUUCUGACAUUUCACAUUCUUAAAAUAAAGUGGUGAUCCUAACUGACCUAAGACAGGGAACUUUUUACUAGGAUUAAACGUCAGGAAUUGUGAAAAACUGAGUUUAAAUGUAUUUGGCUAAGGAGUAUGUAAACUUCUGACUUCAACUGAAUAUUUUUUUUCUUGUUCAUUUUGCUAUUUGCCUUAUGACUCCUGCAUGCUUUGUUAACUAGGAACGUUCUUGUUUACCCUACCGUGGGACACACUGUUUGUUCCCACACUCGGGACUCUGACUCUCUAUUGGCUGCACUGACUUUUGGCCUCCCAUCCUAUUCUAACAGGCAUUGUAUUCAUGUUACCUGAUAAUUGUUGUAUAAUAUGAUCCUAUUGCCAUCUAAUGUCAUAAAUCAACACUGCAGAGUU